AUGGUGCAAACAUUUUCUACGUCAAUCGACGGCCCCUCGUCUAGGGUUUUAUUCAUCAACGCCCUCUCUGAAAGAUCAGCGUUCCCGAGGUUACAAGAUACAACCAUGGCUUUCUUCAACAGAGCUAGUAGUAUACUAAGGCAGGCUGCUGCAAGUAAACAUAUUAAUCCUCAAAUGUCAGCAGCUACUCCAUCAAUCUUUCAAAUGAUAAGAUGCAUGUCAAGUUCCAAAGUCUUUGUAGGAGGAUUGGCAUGGGCUACAGAUGAUCAGAGCUUGAAAGAAGCUUUUAGCCCAUAUGGUGAAGUCCAUGAAGCUAGAGUGAUCAUGGAUAGAGAAACUGGUCGUUCAAGAGGUUUUGGCUUUGUUACUUUUGGCGACACUGAGGCUGCUUCUGCUGCAGUCCAAGCAAUGGAUCAAAGGGAGUUGCAUGGUAGAAUGGUGAGAGUGAAUUAUGCCAAUGAUAGACCACAAGGUGGUGGUGGUUUCCGGGGAGGUGGUGGAUAUGGUGGUGGAGGUGGAGGUUAUGGUGGAGGCGGUGGUGGCUAUGGGGGUGGUGGAUAUGGCGGUGGAGGCGGUGGUGGUUAUGGUGGUAGUAGCUAUGGUUCUGGUGGGGAUGGUGGCUAUGGAGGGGGUAAUGUUGGAGGGGGAUUUGGUGGUGAGAGUCAGCAGGCGGCUGGUGGUGGUGAUGCUUAUGGAAGUGGUGGAUAUGGUGGUGGUGCUAAUGAUGGUCCGGUAGAAGGAGGCUAUGGGAACAAUGAUGAGCCUGAUGAUUUUGCCAAAAGGGCUUAA